AUGCGCUACGCCAUCAUCAACAGCCUCCUCUUUUUGGCAGUCUCGCCACUAGGCGUCGUGGCACGUCCCAUUGACCCCAACGAUCUGGCUGGUCAGUGGGAUCCGAGUGGACAGUACCGAAAGGGUCAGUGGCAGCAUGGUGUCUUCGUUGCGAACAACGGCGGUGACAGCAACAACCCAAACGGCCAGGUUGAGCAGAAUAGCCAGUGGCGCAAGAACAACCAAAACGGCUGGACUGAUGCCAACGGACAAUGGCACACAGACCAGACGCUCCAGGAAAGCAACGCCUAG